UGCAGGAAGAAAUAACUGCAUGGGCAUCUCACGUUGAGUGUUCCUUUGAAAUAGUGGUAGUUGUAUAAAAUUACCGUAGUUUAUUCGACUGAUCCGUCUUGUUUGAACUGGGCAGUUUUUCCACAUUUAAUUGCUGUUACUAAGGAAAAAAAAUCGAAUUUGGCAUAUUAUUGAGAUCUAAGAUUUCUUUUAAUAAUUUUAGCUUUAAUUGUUAUGGCAGGUAUUUCUAAAAAAACUGUGAACGAGAUCUUUCAGACUAUGGAAUAUGGAGCAUCCAGCACGAGCACUGCAGUUGCACAGGUUUUGUCAUUCCAACCACAACAUGCAGCCCCCUUUUGCCCAAAGGGAUGUUUUACAUCAAAAUGAAUCGCAUGUGACACAGGAUGCAUGUGACAGACUAUUAAAAGCAUGUGAUAGGAUGCUGGCGGUCGUCUUACAGUUAAUUUGUGUGUAACAAAACAACACAUCUGGACAGUUCGGCUUAAUGCAUGAGUUGCUUGCAUUCAUGGCUGGAGAAGCAUUUCCGCACUCUUGGCUUCUUCACUGAAGGGAGAUUUUCCUGCCCUGCAGAUAGGCAGACACUGAAUGUGACUGAUUCCAAAGCUGAGGUGGUCUGCAGCAUUGUUUGUGCUAAAGAUGAGGAUGUGGCAUCUGCUGCCGCCUCUGCAGCUGGAGGAUUCAAAACCUGGAGUGAACUGAGCUGUUACAAACGGGCCAAAGUCUUACUCCAGUUGGCAAGUGUGCUGCAAAGACACAGUCAGUGUGUAUCUGAGCUUUGUGAGCUCUCUCAGUCUUCCAUCUCUCCUGCGGGGCUGAUUAGACUGGCCCAGUAUUAUGCCAGCUGGGCUCAACUACGAGUAUCACUUAUGCCUGAAUGGACCCCACAAGGUGUUGUGGCAGUGGCUGUUUCAGAUGACUGCUCUGUCUACUCUCUUUUGUUAAAGGUUUUACCAGCUAUAGCUAUGGGCAAUGCUGUUAUUGUUGUACCUGGCAAGACAACCACUCUUCCUGCCCUUCUGUUGGCUCAGUUGUUUAUGGAGGCAGGAUUUCCUGCUGGAGUGUUGAAUGUGGUGACAGGCAGUGAAGCAUCACUAGGUGCCAGAGUGGCUCAAAAUCCACAUGUGAACUAUCUGACCUACAGUGGAUGUAAACAAACUGGAGAGACACUGGCUAAAGCAAUGGCUGGCUGGGGAGUCCCCAUGUCUUUCUCUCUUUCACUCAGCUCGGUGUGCCCUUUAAUUAUCUUUGAAUCGGCAGACCUCGACAGUGCCGUGGAUGGAGUGAUCGAGGUGGCCUUCAAAAAAAAGAGAGAUUUUCAGUGGGUGUUGUGUGUACAAGAAUCGGUGUGGGAUUGUGUUGUAGCCAAGCUGAAGAUGAGAAUGGCUGGAAUGAAGUAUGUAUCUCUUGCAACCGAGAAUGUCAGGAACCUUAUAGAUGUUGCAGUUCAAGAGGCUCAACAGCAGGGGGCAACACUGAUCCAGUCGUGUGCACCUCCCUCUACCGAUGGUCUCUACCCCCCUACUGUACUAUGUGGUCUGGCUCCCUCAUGUGCCUCUGUGAUUUCACCUCCUCCAGGCCCUUUGCUGCCCCUCAUAUCCUUCAGGAGUUCUGCUGAAGGAGUUACUCUUGGAAACCACAGCCCUCAUGGUCAAGCUGCUUCUAUCUGGACUGAAGACUUGACUCUGGCUUUGGAGUCUGCAAAGAGUCUGUGUGUAGGCUCAGUGUGGGUGAACUGUCAUUCUGUCAUGGAUCCUGCACUACCUCUUUGUGGACGGAGGGAGAGUGGGAACUGCACUGAUGGAGGCAGAGAGGGGCUCUAUCAGUUCCUGCGGCCCUCUCUGUCACCCUCCCUCCCAAGCUCUUCUCCCAGCUCUAUCAACUAUGCUGAUUUUGGCUCUGUUGCAUCCAAAUUCUUGAUACCUGAAGGAUUCGAUCCUUCCAGUGUCCCUCGCUUUUACUCCCAGUUAGUGGGUGGUCAGUUGCGUAAAGCUGACUUUGGCUGCAGUAGGUCAGUGUUGGCUCCUGGGGGUGCUGUACUGGCUCACUGCCCAGAUGGAGGCAGGAAGGAUGUCCGUAAUGCAGUAGAGGCAGCCAUUAAGGUUCAGCCAGGGUGGAUGAAGAAGAGCCCUGCUUCACGCUCUCAGUCCCUUUACUCACUUGCUGACAGUCUUGAGAAAAGGAGACGGGACAUGGCUAUAUCAAUCCAGACUCAAACAGGCAUCUCAUUUGAAGCAGCAGACAGAGAGGUGGAGCUGAGCAUCUCAAAGCUCUCUGAUUGGGCUGCACAAUGUGAUAAAGAGCACGGAGGAAUUCCAUUUCUGCCCCAGUCUGGCUCUGCCCUGUUGACUCCUGAGGCCUUAGGAGUGGUGGGUGUGAUUCUCCCCAGCUCCAAACUGCUCCUCUCUUUGGUGUCUCUGCUGGGGGCAGCUGUUGCCAUGGGUAAUGCUGUUGUCAUGGUACCAAGUGAAAAAUACCCUCUUCCAUCUCUUGAGUUCAUUCAGGUCCUGCAGGCCUCAGAUAUUCCAGGUGGUCUGGUCAGUAUAAUAACAGGAGGCAGGGAGCAGCUGACCCAGGCACUUGCUAACCACAGUGUGAUUCAUAGCAUUUGGUAUUGGGGAAGUAAGGAGGGCUGUCAGUUCCUUCAAUACUCCUGUGUCAGUCCUCUUAAACGUCUGUGGCUGCACUGUGAAGAGGAGGAGGGUGAAGGAGGCAGAGACUGGACUUGCUCAAAUCCCUCUCUUCAAGAAGAGCUUUGGAGGAAGGCUGUGGUCUGGAAGAUUGUGUGGAUCCCCACUGCAUAAAAGCACUUAUUCAGUUAAAGGAGAAAAGAUGUAAUUUCCCAAGUGUUGGAGGGGGUGGUUGUAGAUUCUGGAAAAGUUUUGCAUAAGGCACUUAGCCAAUAGUGAAUGACUGGGAGGAAUGUUUGGAGAGUGUGUAACAUUUGUUUCACUUUUACAUGGUCACAUGUAAAAUAAAGAAGAUGAGGUUUCUUUUGUUGUUCACCAUGACUGAGACUGGUUUAGAUGUGGUUGUUAUCUGAAAAAAUAAAGUAUUAGUAUUACCCAGGUCUUUUAUUUUUUUUUCCAAUAUAGCAAUCAGGAUUGAUCAAAAUUAUUAAUAGUAUUUGUUUAAUUCACUGUGCGCUGAAAUAUUGCUGGGAAUUUUGUUCAUAGGUAUUUGUUAACAUUGAUAUGCCCAAUGAAUAAAUGUGAUAUGGAUAUUUAAAUGACUUUAGGUCUUAAAGUGAUUCAUUGUAAUGAAAUUAUUAUAUUGCUUUAUUUCUGUUAAUUGAUACAGUCUUAUAUUUUUUAUGGUAUGACCACUGUCUGUUAUUUGGAGAAAAUAAAGUAGAAGAUAUUCUAAUUAAAUAAUAAAAUAAAAACUGUAGGCAAUA